AUUUUAUUCUCUCCGGAAAAACGUAUCACCUUAUAGCUAUAGAAAGAAAAAUUAACUUCAAUAUUUUUAUUCUUUAUAAAAUAGUUUAUAAUCACACAUAUAUUUAAAAAUUAUUUUAAAAUUAAUUUAAUCAUAUAAGGAAAUCGAACUCAUUUACUUGAUAAUAAAAGGCACAAUUCAUAAUGUACAAUCCCAUAAAGCAGUAUCCCUCUUUAUCCUUCUGCAGAUCUAACUGCUCAUUUCUGCAAAAAUCAUAAUUGAUAAUCCCAUUACCAUUCGCCAUUGAAGAGCAACGAUGAUCCAUAUCCCUUCUUCUUCUCUUCUAGUCGUGUUGGUAUCUUUCUUUGUAUCCCCAUUUACAAUUUCAAUUGCCACUUCGUCCACCUUACCGUUUAACGUUUCUCACUUGCUUUAUCCAAGAAUCACCUACGACGAAUAUCCUCAAUUGUCGCCUAAUCCUCCUUCAUUUCUCGAGGACGUGUUAAAGGAGAUUGCUGAGCGAGAGAAAUGGGAUUUGCAGGACCUGAGAGUUUCCAAAUUGGAUGUCAAGAAAUCCAAGUUUGGUACUUUAAGGAAGUAUGAGUUUCGGGUUCGAAUUGGGAAGACGAAAUUCAUAUUCAUGAUGGCAGAUGAAAUAUCCCAGUGGAAAACCUUUCAUUUUCAUGACAAGAAUGAGUCCGACUUCGAGUCUUUGGUUAAGGAGAUUGGUUCUAAGGCUACUCUUGAAGUAAUAAAAAUCCAAGGGCCGUUCGAAUUGUACGCUACUGGAGAUGAUCACCUCUCCUUGACCUUACCCAUGAACUCUUCCUUUACUGGGUUGAAAAAGAUCCUUGUUGGUGAGGGCAUCACUGUGGAAGUUAAAGGUGCUGAUGAAAUUUCAAUUUUCAACAUCUCUGAUUUUCUUAAAUUAGUAAAUGGAAGCAUUUUGACCAAGCCAGGAAGCGGUCAAUUUGGAUAUAUGUCGCAAUUGUCCUGCAUACCAUUACUUCCCAUACAUGUAAGGGGACCUGCUUCAGUACUCGCCUAUAUAACCAGAAACCCUGACAUAAGAAUUGGAACUGCAUUUGUAUCCAGAAGAUUUAUCAAAUUGCUUUCUGAAAAGUGUUAUACACAGCAUAUGUACAGAAGUUGGAGCUCAUACAAUGAUUUUCUGAGCCAGAAGAUAACUAUGCUGGAAAAAGUUCUCAGGGUGUUCCUAGGUGGAAAAACCAGUCAAAUUGCAAAAGUGAAAGUUAAAGACCUGACUCUUUUCCGCUUCCAGUUGGAGCUGGAAAGAGGUAUUCAAAACAACGACACAUAUUGGACUAGUUUGGGGGAAUGGAGAACAAGGCCAUCUGUUGAACGUUCAUGGUUUGAAGUCACAGCAAGUUUUGAGGCAGAGGUCUUGAAGCCACAUUUUAUUAAGAAGGUCAGACCUUUUAUAGAAGUAGAUACAUCAUCAUGGAGUAGUUUGAUGUCAAACUUGUCCUUUACCAAAAUUUCUUCUUUUCUUGUCCCACCAGAGCCCUUAACAUUGGAUGUUAGAUGGUAGGGAAGCUUAUAACCGGUCUUGGCACUUGUGUAAUAUAGAUUCUUAUUUUCCUUACUGCGAAAACUGAAAUUGGUUGCCUGAUAUGGACAUCAUAUCCUUUGUAUAUUGAAAGUCGUUAGGAAGGAGCUAUAAAAUAACAGUGGUUGGAAAAGAACCACUUGUCCUGUUUUAUAAGUGUGAAGAAGUAACAAUUAUUCGAGAUAGAAGAAGUCCUUGUUUUAUGAAA